CAUAAAAAUGGUUGAUGUAUUGGUAAAGAGGGGUGUUGAUCUAAAUGCAAUGGAUUCCCGUGGUACAACAGCCCUUCGUCUUGCCAUUGAGGAUAUGAUUUAUGAUGCAGCGGAGCUAAUUCUCAAGCAUGGAAAUACAGACAGAGAAUUCGAUCCAAAUAGAAGAGAUGAUUUCGGAAAAACAUAUCUCCACUAUGCCACUGAACAGAGGAAAUCUGAACUUUGGGAACGUUUUCUUGAUACACCAACUCUUUUUUCAUAUUCAUUUUCUCAGUAUUGGUAUCUUCAAAGUCCUUGCAUGUUGUAUUGUGCAAGAGCAAACUACACGCUGACCAAAAUGCUUCUCGAGCAAGGUGUGAAUCCACACCUUCAAGAUAUAAUGGGUAGAAACCCUCUUCACUAUGCUGCAGGGUGUGGUAAACCUAAGACUGUGAAACUUCUUCUGGAAAAAGGCGUUGACCCAAAUGUAAGGGAUGGAAUGGGAUGGACUCCCUUUCAUAUGGCUGCUGUACAUGAAAGAUACAGGACUGUAAGUGCCUUGCUAGACAGUGGAAUUGAUGCAAAUAUACAAGACAAUCAGGGAAUGACAGCACUUCAUUUAGUUGUGACGAAGAGAGGCUUCACUUUACAGAUGUUAGAAGCAAACAAUGAUUAUGCGGAGCUAUCUUGUCUGGGUCCUUGUGGAUUCCUCAAGUUAUUUUUAGAGAAGGGUGUUGACCCAAAUAUACCGGAUAAGCUAGGUAGGACAGCUCUUCACUAUGCUUCAGAUCAUUCGGAAAACUCCAGUGUCAUGCUUCUGCUUGAUCACGGUGCUGAUCCAGAUGUUCAAGAUCUAUGGGGCAUGACGUCCCUCCAUUGUGCUUCUACCAAAAAAGGCUCAGUAUUUAAGGAUACACUUCCACUGCUACUUGAGAAAUCGUUAAAAUUAAAUGUUCAAGAUAGGCGUGGAAAGACAGCACUUCACUAUGCAUCAGAAUAUCCAAAGAAAGAGAGCGUCAAACUUCUUCUAGAUCGUGGUGCUGAUCCUUCUGUACAGGAUCUGCAAGGCAUGACAUAUCUCCACUGUGCUGCUGCGAAUAGUUAUGGAGCCUUACAGACACUGAUCGAGAGAGGAGUGGAUCCAAAUAUUCUUGACAAGAAAGGAAGGACAGCACUUCAUUAUGUCUCAGGUGACUCUGAAGACUCAGUGAAGUUUCUGCUUGAUCGCUGUGCUGAUCCAGGUGUACAGGACCUGCAGGGCAUGUCAGCUCUUCACUGUGCUGUACACUUGCGUCCUUACCGAUCUGAUAUUUUGCCGAUACUGCUAGAGAGAGGCAUAUACCCAAAUCUUCUUGACAAGCAUGGAAGGACAGCUCUUCACUAUGCGUCAGAACAUUCGAACAAAGAAAGUGUCAUGCUUCUUCUAGAUCACGAAGCAGAUCCAUGUUUACAGGACUUACAGGGCAUGACAUGUCUCCACUGUGCUGCUAAGAAUCGUUACAGUUACCAUAUUUUGGAGAUACUGCUGGAGAAGAGUGUGGACCCAAAUGUUCUUGACAAGAAGGGAAGGACAGCUCUUCACUAUGCGUCAGAACAUUCGAACAAAGAGAGUGUCAAGCUUCUUCUAGAUCACGAAGCUGAUCCAGGUGUACAUGACUUACAGGGCAUGACACCUCUCCACUGUGCAGCAAAGGCCAGAGACAACACCUGUGAUAUUUUGGAGAUGCUGUUGGAGAAGAGUGUGGACCCAAAUGUUCUUGACAAGAAGGGAAGGACAGCUCUUCACUAUGCUUUAGAACAAUCGCCAGUCAAAAACAUAAAGCCGGUUCAACACGGUGCUUACACAGAAGUACAGAAUUUGUUUGCCAAUAUACCUCUUCAUCCAAAACCUCUUCAUCCCAGACCUAGUGACACUAUACCUCUUCUCACUAAAACAGGUGCUCGUAGGACAACUAUUUACCGAAGUGAAUUCGAACAAGAAUAUGGAAUCCUACUGUGUGAGUAUAGAAGGAUGAAAAUGCUGGAGAUGCUUCUCAAGAAGGUCAACCCAAAAAUACAAGAUCACGAAGGAAGGACAGCUUUACACUACGCUGCACAGGCUUCACGAAAUGAAACUUUAGAGAUUCUUUCAGAACUUGGGGUCACUGUAAAUAAGCAAAAUGACCAGGACAGGGCCUUUUUCCGGGCUGCUGCUGACCGCAGCUACAACAGGUGUGAACGAGUGAAGCUGCUACUCAGACAAGGCGUCGACAAAACUGUUCGAGACAUACAGGGGAGAACAGCUGAGCAGUAUGCUACAGAACUAUCAGAUAUCAGUCCGUGACUACUCUGGAGAUGGUACACCAAUCGGCACAGAAUUGGAGAAAAGCAAGGGAAUGUCGAGAACAAUUGUGGCCAUUCUGGAUUAUUGUAAAGUAGACAAUGGAACCCAGACGUAAAGGGGGAAGA